AUGGUCUUCGGUCCCCCCAAAACGGCGGGCAAACUGUCACCCAUCCCCGACAGCAUCUCGCUGGCCGAGUUUAUGCUCUCCGACCUCCACGGCCGCAACCCACUCGGCUACUCGCAGAACCCCUUCACCUGCGGCGUGACCGGCAAGACCCAUUCCUGGCUGGACGUCGUCGACCGCGUCGACCACCUGGCGCGCGCCCUCUCCGACCGCUUCCACUGGUCCCCUAACGCCGGCAGCGAGUGGGAUAAGACCUUGGCUAUCUUCAGUGUCAAUACCAUCGAUACGUUAACGCUCUCCUGGGCCGUCCACCGACUAGGCGGGGUGGUCAGCCCCGCCAACGCGGCCUACUCGGCCGCCGAAUUGAAGUACCAGUUGCAGGAUUCUAAAGCCACCGUGCUGUUUACGUGUCUGCCGCUGCUGAAGACCGCGCUGGAGGCCGCCGAUGCAGCCGGGUUUCCACGGGAUCGUAUCUUCUUGCUCGAGGUGCCGAAGCAGCUCGCGCCGGGGGUGCAGGCUCCCGCGCAAUUCAAGACGGUCGAUCAGUUGAUUGAGGUCGGCAAGUCGUUGCCCAGGCUGGAGGCUUUGAACUGGGGCCCCGGGGAGGGGGCGCGUCGGACGGCAUUCUUGUGCUAUUCGAGUGGGACGUCCGGGUUGCCGAAAGGCGUGAUGAUCUCACACCGCAAUGUCAUUGCCAAUGUGCUGCAGAUCAAGGCCUUCGAGCAGGAUUAUCGCGACUCGCGCAGGGAUCCCCGCACCCAAACUGAGCCUACCGAUGUGGUCAUGUGUUUGCUGCCUCAGAGCCAUAUCUACUCGCUCGUGGUCAUGUGUCAUGCCGGCCCGUGGAGAGGGGAUAAUGUGGUCGUCCUGCCCAAGUUUGAGCUCGAGCCGUUCCUCGCUUGUAUACAGGAUUUCAAGAUUACCUCGUUGUUUGUGGUUCCGCCGAUCUUGAUUAACAUGAUCCGCAAUGCGGAAACGUGCGCCAAGUUCAAUCUCAGUGCUGUCAAGACCAUCUUCACCGGUGCCGCGCCGCUGGGGAUGGAGACGGCGGAGGAGUUCCAGAAGCUGUAUCCAGACGUGACGAUACGACAGGGAUACGGCCUCACGGAAACGUCGACGGUCGUAACCUCCACGCAUCCCUGGGACGUAUGGUUCGGCUCCUCCGGCACGAUCCUACCCGGUGUGGAAGCCCGCAUCGUGACUCCGGAGGGGGAGGAGAUUACCAGCUACGACACCCCGGGCGAGCUUGUCGUCCGCAGCCCCAGCGUUGUCCUGGGAUAUUUGAACAACGAUAAAGCCACCCAGGAAACGUUCAAAGACGGCUGGAUGUACACGGGUGACGAAGCCGUGAUCCGCCUGAGUCCCAAGAACACCGAACACGUCUUCAUUGUCGACCGCAUCAAGGAAUUGAUUAAGGUCAAGGGUCUGCAAGUCGCGCCCGCCGAGCUGGAGGCGCACCUCCUCACCCAUCCCGCCGUGGCCGACUGUGCUGUUAUCGCCAUCCCCGAUGAUUCUGCCGGCGAAGUUCCCAAGGCGAUCGUGGUGAAGUCGCCGGCCGCGACGGGCAGCGACGAGGAAAUUAUCCAGUCCAUCAAGAAGCACGUGGAGGAUCACAAGGCCCGGCACAAAUGGCUCAAGGGUGGUGUGCGCUUCCUUGACGCUAUCCCCAAGAGUCCCAGUGGCAAGAUCUUGCGUCGACUUCUGCGAGACCAGGAGAAAGAGGCUCGGAGAAAGGCGGGCUCGAAGCUAUAA